AGUGCGAAGGACAACGGGCUUCCAAGCCCGGUGAUCUGUGAGUGGCGACGUAGCCGCCGUUUCCCCUGCUCGCAAUGGCUAUGGCAGCAGGUUUGCAAAUCGACGAGGCUGGGCUUUAAGGAGUGUGCGGCGGAGCGGGGCUGUGAAUUCCAGUGCACGGAAACGGAGAUUUCACUGUGCGUUUGCAUUGGAGAUGGCAAUGCGAUGGCGAUCGUCUUGGCAUCUUUUCAGAUUUCGCUGCAAUGGCAUGGUUUCCAGAGCGACGCUGGAUCCCGUCUCCUCAGGGACGAGAAUUUUGUCAACAAUGGGAUUUGAUGAUAAUUCUGGUAGGAUUUUUGUUGAUGAAGAGAGUAGAAGGAAGAGCAUUACGGCUGCAAGCAAUUUUCAAUGUGAAUCAAGUGAUUUGUUGUUCUCACCAUUUGUCAGUGCAGAUGUUGGCUACGAUUGCUUACCGGGUUUUGGCGAUAAAGCGAUGUAUUCUACACUUAGUGAUCAUUGUCGUAGCUCCCGAAGUUCGAUGAUUGCCAAAGUCAAUGUAGCGAGGCAGAUAGAAUCAAGACCUUUGUCUGCGAGGAGUAUGGGGACAAUGGUGCGUGAGGAGGUGGAGGGAGACGGAGAGGUGCUUCUGCUGCGCUACCUGGAGAAGCUCAAGAAUUACGAGAAAGAGGGUGUGCCUAAAGGCGCUGGGGAAGACUCGGAUUCGGGCUUCGAUCUUGAGCGUAUGAAGCGGCUACUUUCGCGACUGGGGAAUCCUCUUUCGGCAUAUCCAGUGGUGCAUGUUGCUGGAACCAAGGGCAAGGGUUCGACGGUGAGCUUCAUCAGUAGCGUCUUGCGAGCAGCAGGACUACGUGUGGGAACUUACACGAGUCCUCAUGUCACGAGUAUACGAGAAAGGAUAACUGCAGGCAAAAAUGAAGGACCUAUCUCCGCCAAUUCUUUGAAGAAGCUGAUGAAUGAUUUGCAGGCAACUAUAGAUGAAGCUAUUGCUGAAGAAUCAGGAUUGCUUACGCACUUUGAGGUUUUGACGGCCCUCGCUUUCACACACUUUGCUAGAGAGAAAGUAGACGUGGCCGUAGUUGAGACAGGUUUAGGAGGCGCACGGGAUGCUACGAAUGUGAUAUCAGCUGAAGAACUUGCAGUAGCUGUUAUUGUUGGCAUUGGCUAUGAACAUUUAGCAGCCUUAGGCGGGACUUUAGAGUCCAUCGCCCUUGCCAAGUCUGGUAUUAUUAAGGAGAAUCGCCAGGUGAUUGUCGGCCCACAGAAGUAUUCACAGGUUUAUGAUGUUCUUGAGAAGGUGGCCGCUGCAAAAUCAGCACCAUUAAUUUCUGUAUCUAGAUCAUUGAUAAAUUGUAAAACUGGAAUUUUGUUCACUCGUAGUGGCCAUCCUUUUCAACUUUGCGAUUUGGCGAUUCAAAAUCCACCUGGGGUAGGAUUUGGAGCGUCAAAUAAGGUUUGGAAGCUUGGAAAUGUGAAGCUUCGUGUAUUGGGAGCACACCAGCAGGAUAAUGCUAUCACUGCUGUGUAUAGCCUGCUUGCCCUUAGGCAUCAAGGAUGGGAAAUUCCAGAUUCGGCUAUACGGAUGGGACUGGAAGCCACUACAAUACCGGGAAGAUUUCAGGUUGUUGAGUCAGACAGUUCCAAGGCACUCGGUUGUCUUUCUGCCAGGCUCAUACUUGAUGGAGCACACACAGAAGACUCUGCGAUAGCACUUGCAAAGACACUGCGAGAGGGUUUUCCCGAUGCAAGUUUGGCGUUUGUUGUAGCAAUGGCUUCUGAUAAGGACGAACACUCUUUUGCUCGAAUUUUGUUGACAAAGGCCAAACCUGACGUCGUGGUGACGACAAGAGUACCUGUAGCAGGGAGCUACAAUAGGUGCCGUACAGCACAAGAGCUUGCUGAAUGCUGGUCCCAAACGGCCCAGGGUCUGAAUCUCCCUUAUCAUUUUGAGACAAGCAAACAAAAACUACUACAAGGAUUUUCUUCUGUUGGAUCUUCUGAACAUCAGCAAAGUGGCGCUAAGACUUCAAGCACAGAAGAGGCCAGUAAAGAAGACGGAAAUUCAUUGCUAGUGUCUAGUGUAGAACCUAUAAACGCUGCAAUUUCCAAGGCAGCGGCAGCGUUGGAGAAUAGACACAGUGAAAGUAAUAAGCAACUCAUUGUUUGUGUAGCUGGGUCUCUUCAUGCUGUCGCUGCUACACUAACUCUCAUUCAGGAAAAUCGAAAUCAGCAUUGAGGUAUCUAGGUGCACUGGCAAUAAAGCCGGACUGCAUUCUACUUAAUAUUGCGCAUCAAUGUUUCCUAGUAAUUUCAGAAAUAAGAUCCAUUGCACCUACUCUGACUUGAGGUGUGUCGGGCAGUGAUAGUAUAUGUACUUCACACUCACACCGAAGUGGUUGGAGAUGGAGACUUCUAUUUUGUAUACAAUUGUACAAUCCGUGUAUUGAUGUCUUUUAUUGAA